AUGCUUUCACUCUUGGCUUUUACGGGCCAUGUCCUUGCAGGUAAUUUUUUAAUUUACUUUUUUAUUACCUAUUUUCAACUUUUAGUUGAUUUUCUUCGUAAUUUUGAUGUCGUCGUAACUAAUCUUUAUACAAAUAAUCAUGGAUCCGAUCUCCUAACCUUCACAGCUUUCACUCGUAAUUUUAAAGUUCUCCUCGAGCAUGGUUCAGCUCCUUUUUUCCGAGACUUUACUUUAGUUUCUUCUGAUGGUCGUCAGCUUGUCAGCGACCUCUUCAGAAGUUCUAGGUUUUACGCAGCCCGUGUUAAGGGAGUUCCUUAUUCGUCUGGGUUCCUUACGGUUGGCGUUGAGCCUGGAGAAAUUUACGGGCGACUGGACUUGGUCAACGACACUUUAUUCAUUGAACCUCAUACCGAUGGAAAGUCAUUAGUUUAUUGGGUAUGUCUUUGAUAAAGAUAAAUAAGCUCUUUAGCAAUCUGAUCUCGAUUUAGAAGGUCUUCGCAACCAUUCCGGCACCAAAUUAUCUCAAGAGAAGCCCAGGUACUUGUUUAGUUACAAGCCGGAUUCUUUUUUUGAUCAAUUCCGCGUUAAAAGAGAGAGUAAACCAGUAAAGAAGAACAGAUGUGAGAUUAAAUUGGUGGCAGAUUACGCCUUCUUCAAACUGAUUGGCAAUGGGAAUUAUGCCAAUGCUGCCAGAUACCUGGUAAGUUAACGUACUAUUUUUCUUUUAUUUUUUUUGCGAUUAGGUUAAUCUCAUCGAAAGGGUCAACGACAUUUUCAAGCCGGUAGAUUGGGGACAUGACAAGAACGGUGAUCGUCUUGUCAACCUCGGUUUCUCAAUAAAGGAGAUUAAAAUCUUAGACGAACCCGACAAAGACAUUCAUCACUUCAAUUCUGAUAGCAAUUAUCAUGAUGCAGAUUCAAUUCAAGUCUUGAAAGUGAGUUUUCAUCUCACAUUAAUUCGGUUUACAAUUUUAGUCGUUCUCUGAAAAAGAAGGGUCUCCAACUUGUCUAACUAUUCUAAUAUCCGGAAAAGUGUUUGCCAUGUCGAUCCUGGGGCUUGCAAAUAUUGGUACUCAAUUUGAACGAGGUGUUUGUGCAACGAAACCGAUCAACGGAACAUACAUGAACACGGCUGUGAUAUCUGUUCAACGAAGUUCGGGUCUGAUGAUUACACGAGUCGUGGAUCUUGUUGUUGCUCAUGGUAAGUUUCUUUAGACUGUUUGUAAUUACGGCUGAUAUUUGAAAUUUUCAUUCUGCAUUUCAGAGAUCGGGCAUACUUGGGGCAGCUAUCAUGAUGACAAAGAUAAUGAACGUUGUGUCCCCAAAGAUUCUCCUGAUGGCCGUUACCUGAUGUACGAAUCCUCGAACUCUGGAUACGACAAAAAUAACAACUGCUUCAGUCCCUGUUCAAAACAAGCCAUCCACAGAGUGUUGUACAUGGUUCUGGAUCAAUGUUUUGUCGACGAACGGAAGUCAAUGUGUGGAAACGGCAUCCUUGAACCGGGAGAAGAGUGUGAUCCGGGUGGACAACUGUUGUUAGGUCAUACUGAUGACAACAAUCGAUGCUGUACAUCCAAGUGUAAAUUCAAAGGCAAUGCUACUUGUUCUCCAAGGCAUUCCGAAUGUUGUUCGGCGUCCUGUUCCUACCUUUCCCCGGCUCAUGUGUGUCAAGCACACAAUAAUGAUGCUUGUAAGAGAUCAGCCUUUUGCACGUGAGUAACUUUUACCUUAACGUUUUCAAAAUGAGUGCUUUUAGUGGAAAGGGUGACAAAUGCCCAGCUCCUCUACCGGUGGCUGAUGGAACCGAAUGCGUAGACGAAGGUGUAUGUAAACGCGGGGAAUGUGUUUCCUUCUGUCAUAAUACGAAAGGUCCUAAUUGGUCUCCAUGUAUUUGUGGUAAUGGUACGCUUGCUUACUAGUCCUUCCGGAAAGUCGACGGAUUUUUUUUUGGCGUUUGCACUGUGCGUGUCGCCGAUUUCAGUCCCGUGGCUUUCCGGAACGACUAGUACACGUUUAUCAUUUUUAUUUUAGUAACCGACAGUUGUCUCCGAUGUUGCCGAUCACCCGAAGGUGUUUGUAUGCCUGUCGAACCACACAGAUACCUUCAAGAAGGUUCUAUCUGCAUCCAGGGCCGAUGUAAUAAGAAGGUAAGCCGAUCCCGGGUUUCUGAGCCUAUUUUUAGCAUGAAUGUGUAAAAGAAGUUACUGAUGCUGCAUCACACUUUUGGAGAAUUAUCAAAGAUUUCCGAGAUAAUCCAUCUCCCAAACAUUUUGCCGAUUACAUUGUAUUCAUCAUUAUACUCGGGUCGCUGUUCAUUUGGGUCCCAUGUGGGCUCUUCAUUUCUUAUAGAGUAAGUUAGUUAACACUGGCGUUUACUAAACCAAAUAAUUUCCAGGAUCGAUCGAAUCGCCAGUCCAGAAUCGUGAUGACCGAUGACAACGAACCGACUUUAGUCUUGGGCCCAAAACGUGUCAAAAGCCAUAGUCAACUAAGGUCACCAUGA